AGUUAGUUGUCAGAUAUGUUUCGCACCGUUCUUGGCACAAACAAAAACAUCUCCGUAGUCGUCCGUAGUCGGUGCAGCAGUUUUUCGCUCAAAAUGACCCCCAUAAAGGCCGCCCUCAUCGAUCUCAGCGGAACUCUGCACGUCGAGGACCAACCGACGGCAGGUGCCGUCGAUGCCCUGCAAAGGUUACGGGCUGCCGGCGUAGCGGUCAAAUUCGUGACCAACACCACCAAGGAGAGCGUCGGUUCGCUGUACGAUCGGCUCGUGGCCAUCGGAUUCCAGCUCGAGAGGAAAGAGAUUUACGGCUCGCUAACUGCCGCGGCGGAUUACGUUAAAAGUAACGCGCUCAAUCCGUACUACAUCUUGACUGAUGACGCGAGAAAGGAUUUUCCGGAGGGCGACUCCAGCCGCGGACACGACUCCGUCGUCGUUGGAUUGGCACCGGAGCGGUUCUCGUACGAAUACAUCAAUGAAGCGUUCCGGAUUCUGCAGCAGAGCAAGGGAAGCGCACGACUCGUGGCCAUUCACGAGGGGAAGUUCUACAAAACCAAGCAGGGGAUCUCCGUCGGGCCUGGUUGCUUCGUCAAGGGUUUGGAGUACAGCAGUGGGGUCAAGAGUGUUUGCAUCGGGAAGCCAAACGAGUACUUUUUCCGGUCCGCACUGCCAUCGGGGGUCGAUCCGAGUGAGUGCUGCAUGAUUGGGGACGAUCCCAGCGAUGACUGUUUGGGCGCGAUGGCUGUUGGAAUGCGCGGAUUUUUGGUUGAGACGGGAAAGUAUCAACCCGAGUUGUAUGACAAGGACUCGCUGCCGAAAGUUAGUGGAAUAUUUAGGAACUUUGCCGCGGUUGUUGAACACAUCAUUGAGCGAGUUAACGUUUGAAGAGAGGGGCGUUCUUUCGAGAGUUUAGCAAUAAAAUAAGAUUUUUGUUAUGUUUCGUCAA